UUGAUGUUGGCAAUGCCAGAUCUGCCCCAUCAGCUGUUUUUAUUAUUAUUGCGAUGUUCUUCUCAUGACACCGUUUUUCCGCCUUUUUAUCAAUUAAAACAAGUGUAAACAAGAAUGAUGCUAGUGCACGUUGCUACAAUUUUAUUAUUUUGUGUUAAUUUCCUAAAUUCUGGCCAUGCUGGGGUGAUGCACAGCCACUCAAACGAUAUCCAUAAGGAACGUGAAACGGACGGGGCGUACAGCCCUAGGGACCAUUCCCACUUCACAGACAGUGGCGAGCAUCACAAUGAAUUUGACCACGAGGCAAUCAUCGGAAGCCAUAAGGAAGCAGAAGAGUACGACCACUUGCCUCCAGACGAGGCCAAGAGACGUCUCAGGAUUUUACUGAAGAAGAUGGACUUGAAUGGCGACGAACAGAUUGACAAAAAGGAACUCAAGGCCUGGAUCUUGCGCUCAUUCAAAAUGCUAUCAGAGGAAGAGGCAAAUGAACGUCUGGAGGACGCCGAUGAGGACAACAACGGAAUAGUGACGUGGCAAGAGUACUUAUCAGACGCUUACGGGGUCGAUAAUGAAGAUAAUCUCUCAGUUGGUGAUGAAAAUGAGCAAUUAAUCAAAGACGAUAAAGAAAUGUGGGCCGCCGCUGACACUAAUAAUGACGGCGUUCUGGAUUCAAAAGAAUGGAUCGCCUUUUCGCACCCUGAGGAACACCCUUCAAUGCUACCAAUCAUCCUUGAACAAACCCUCAGAGACAAGGACAAAGACGGGGACAAAUCAAUCAGUUUUCAGGAAUUUGUAGGCGAUAGAGCACACGAACACGACAAAGAGUGGCUCCAAGUUGAGAAAGAUAAAUUCGACCAUGACUUGGACAAGGAUGGCGAUGGGAAACUCACCAGUAACGAAAUUUUAUCCUGGAUUGUGCCAAGCAAUGAGGAAAUAGCCGAGGAAGAAGUCGACCAUUUAUUCGCGUCGAGUGACGACGACCACAACGACGUGCUGAGUUUCGAUGAAGUUGUUGAACAUCACGAAACGUUCGUUGGGAGCGAGGCCACUGAUUAUGGUGAUCAUUUGCACAACAUACAUCAUUUUGAAGAUGAAUUGUGAUACCUUAUCAAGUUCGUCGUGAUGUGUGUGAAGGUAGCUUUAGAGUGUAUUUGUUUUGGAAUCUCAUCGGUUUUUAUAGUGAAUUUUAUUUAUUUGUGAAGUUUUUAAUAUUUAUUGUACGUGCCAUAAAACCAAAUAAAGUAACUUAAGCUUUUA